AUGGUGCGCCUUCAGGUUUCGUCGAUGAGGCUUCAAGCCAGGCGGGUAGCUCUACACUGCCUAGCGGGCGCUGCAGCUACGGCUGCUGUUGGAGGUGGGGGGUUGCUGCUGCUGCGACGACACAAGCGGCGCCAUCCCCCAUCAGGAAGGGGCCAAGGCAAUAUCCCUGAAGUGUACGGAGAGCCAUACCAACCCAUUACAGCAGCAGCGCUUGCCAAGGACGUCGAAUUGUGCAGGCAGCAGCAGAGACAGAGGCUCCUCGACCUCGGUCUUGCCGCCUCAACGGCACAGGCAGCAGCUGAUGCCGCAGCAGCUGUAACAGCCAGCGAGAUACCCGGUAGCUCCUGGGCGGAGGAAAUUGCAGUUGCCAGCCCCCAUCUAGGGCCUGCCUCUGCACUGCUUGCUGCAGCAAAGACAGGAGCCCCAUUAGAGCUGCAUAUGCACCUAAAGGCCGUCUUCUGCGCCGCCUUAAAAGCAGCCUUGCUGUGUGAUCUUGCGGCUCUUAUGGAGCAGCAGGCAAAACAGCCACAUGAGCAGCUGCUGUGUCGAGAGGCAGAUAUGCAUUGGCUGCUUAGGGAAACGGAAAGUGCUUUCAAAGACGCCUUCUAUGAACCUACAAUUCGUGCUGCUGCUUCAGCCUGCGACUUCGCGCAGCCGGCGCGCGAGCUGCUGCAAGCACUGCAGCACAUCCAUACACUUCAGAAGAAGACCAGCGGCAGUCCGACGGAGUCGCUGCUGCCGCUAUUGCUUACGACGAAAGGUAGAGAGGCUUUGGAUGUAUUUGUUGCUUCAGUUGACAAGCAAGUGCUCGGCAGUCUGUGCAGCAGCUGGGAACGUAGCGGCGUGCUGCACAGGCAGCCAGACCCCCAGGAGCGACAACCCGAUGCCCCUCCCCCACGUGUGCGGCAGCUUUCCGCGCGAAAUACGGGGAGAGACGCGGGCACGCCGAUGGCCCUUUCAUCCUACGCAGAUGCACAGGAGCGCUGCAGGGCGGGCGGGCACCCGAAGGCUUCCACGGGUGCCCCAUUGUUUCUGCGGGCGUCAGAUUUUAAGGCUGCCACAUCGGCCAUUGCCGAGCAUGGUUUUGUUGUAAUAAAAAAUGCCCUUUCUCCCGAGCAGCUGAAGGAGGUGCAGCAGGCCACCUUUGCUGCCAGCGAAACAGCGUCAGAAGGAGGCUUGAAGAUGAAGGAAGUGGACCCCAACGUUUACUGUACCAGGCCUACAUAUGGGCGCCUGCACUGUCUCCUCCGUGGGUCGUUGAUUGAACAGUCUCUAGUUGACGUACAACGGUUGUUUUCGCCGCUGGUGCAUUCAUAUCUUUCGUCUGGAGCUCCUCCGGAGGCAGGAGGCCUUGAAGGAAAGACACGGGUGUUCGUGUCUGAGAUGCAGACGGUAAAUGCAGAUGCGCUGGCGCUUGCCCAGCCAUGGCAUCGUGACAAUUCGCACCGGGGGCUAACAGUGGUCCUUCCGUUGGUGCCAAUACACCCAAACAAUGGCCCCACAGAACUGCUUCCAGGGUCGCACGUCCUUAGCGGGGAGGUGACCAGAAUGGAAUUGGAGGGAACAACCGUCUAG